AAGCGAAAAAUGCCGAAAAUCCUUAAAGAAUGUAUGUUAAAGCCCGCCUCUUCCGAACACCCACCGAUACGCAUCAACACGGAGCAAACGAUAAUCGGGCGAAGCCCGGAAACAUUAAUACAGGAUGCAAACUGUUCACGAAAGCAAGUGUGUCUGAAGGCGAAUCUAAAGGAAGGAUAUGUGCUGGUGAAACCACUCGGGUUGAAUCCAUCGGUGCUGAAUGGUAAAGAGCUGGAAAGGAACGUAGCGCAUGAAGCGGUCCAUGGCGAUACCAUUGAGCUAUUGCCAGGAAUGUACAAGUACGUGUUUGAAUUCAUAUACGAAACGAUUGCGAGCCCGCCGGACACUUCAUUGCUUAAAAGCAAACAAAGCACCGGAGAAUCUAUUGAUGCUAGCAAACAUUCACAUCGAAAUAGCACCAGUAACAGUAAACGCUCGCGGGAGGAAAGUUCGCCUAGUGGAGUUACAUCGAAACGCUCGCGGGAGGAAGGUUCGCCUAGUGCAGUUACAUCGAAACGCUCCAAGGGAACUGCCGAACCUUCCCCAUCGGUAAAACAGGAAUCCAGACCUAGGCCAUCCUCGGCACCCACUAUGAAAGAUAAGUGGGAAUCGUUGGACGAUAAACUCCUUCACAUCUACACCAGUGCCGGUGUGGUGGCUUCGGAAAAGAUAGCUGCCUACGAUAUGGACGGGACGUUAAUUAAGACCAAAUCGGGCAACGUGUUCCCCAAGUCAAUCGACGAUUGGCAGAUCGCAUUUCCGGAGGUACCGGGUAAGCUAAAGUCGCUCCACCGUAACGGUUUCAAGUUAGUGAUUUUCACAAACCAAGCCGGUAUCGGCAAGGGAAAGGUGCGUAUCGAAGACUUUCAGCAAAAGAUUGUAGCAUUGGUGCGCAAACUGUCCGUUCCGAUGCAGGUGUUCAUUUCGACCGGAUCGGGCAAAUAUCGAAAGCCACGGACGGGCAUGUGGCAAACACUUUGCGACAGUAAAAACGACGGUGUGCCUAUCGAUCGAGUGCGUAGUUUCUACGUGGGCGAUGCAGCCGGUCGGCCGGAGCUGAAAAAACCCAUCAAGCGAAAGAAGGAUCAUUCAUGUGCCGAUCGACUACUGGCUAUUAACGUCGGUAUUACCUUCCUGACACCGGAGCAACAUUUCCAAAAUCUGCCCGAUUCCAUCUGGACGAAACCGGAGUUCGACCCGAAGGAGGUUUGCAGUUUGGCAGAGAAUGAAACGUUACUCUCACCUGCCGGAGCGUCGCUCACUAGUCCGGGCCAGGAGGUGAUCGUAAUGGUUGGUUUUCCGGGUUCGGGUAAAAGUCACUUCGUCCGCCAGCACCUCGCACCCAAGGGAUACGAAAUAGUUAAUCGUGACACGCUCGGUUCGUGGCAGAAGUGUGUAACACAUAUGGAAGCGUGUCUUCGAAAAGGCAACAGCGUCGUCAUAGACAAUUUGAGCCCGGAUGUGGAAAGCCGGAAACGGUACGUGUUGGUGGCCAAUCGUGCAAAAAUCCCUGUGCGCUGCUUCUUGAUGGAUGUCGAUUACAAACACGCCCGUCACAAUAAUGAAUUUCGGCAGAUGACUGACCGUUCGCAUUCAAUAAUCUCGGAAAUGGUGUUUAAUUCGUAUAAAUCCAAAUUUCAACAGCCGACCCAAGCGGAAGGAUUCGCCGAAAUUGUAAAGGUUAAAUUUGUACCAAAAUUUACUACGAAAAGCCACGAAGAACUUUACCGCAUGUUUUUGCUGGAAAAAUAGAAAGCGGAUUGAGCGAGGGAACACUUUCCACCAUACCUUGUUCCUUGUUACAACAAAUAGCGUACCUAUACAGUUUCAUUUAAAUGAAUUUGAGAGCCGUUAUGCAUCACUAUUCGCGCUAGUUUAGACAUUAAUCAGAAAUAAAGAUAAUAUGUUAAUUUCACCCCAAAUCAAAGAUCAACUA